GCUUUGACACAGUAAAUUUAAUUAAAAGGUGUGAGACUCUUGGUUUGCCAAACAAAUAAAAGAAAAACAAAAAACAUGGAGGAAUCGUGUGACAUUUGAACCAAGAUUUGGAAAAUGUGUAUUUGGAACAUAGCAGAGAGGAAGACCCUUGUAAGAACUUUAGCUUUUACUAUCAGUAACAGCGAGAACCACUUGAAGAUUUAGGACAGAUUCUGAUUCAUUCUGACAUUUAAAAUGACUUUGGAGGUCAUUGUGGCUGGUGUGUUGAAAAUUGACUAAGUCAAGGGUUGGAAGCAGGUCCUAUUUCCUCUGGAUUGUGCAAGAUAUUUAACCCUGUUUUAUUUGAGGUAUGACUUAAAUAUCAAGCAUCUUAAAUAAGAAAAGGGGAACCCUUUAGUUGUGGAAGUCAGAAUGCCAAGGAGAAGGAAAAAUGUUGGGGGAAAUCCUUUUCGGAAGACUGCAAACUCUCAGAGAGUUGUUGGAUCCAGUGUUGCUGGUCACGAGGAGCCAGCCACUGCUGUCCCCGCCGUAUGUGAGACAAACACUGAUCAGGAAGAACUCUUCGCCAGUAUCUCAGAGAUGUUUUCUGAUCUGGAUCCCGAUGUAGUGUAUUUGAUGCUUUCUGAAUGUGAUUUCAAAGUUGAAAAUGCCAUGGAUUGUCUGUUAGAAUUAUCUGCCACUGAUGCUAAGAUAAAAGCACCUUCAGAAAACCUCCUUGUUCCUGAGAGUGACGUAAGUGCACUGGAAUGUGAAAUAAUGGAGAAGUAUACUCCUGAAGAAGAUAGUGAAGAAUCAAAAAUGGAUUCAUUUUUGGACAUGCAGCUAACUGAAGACUUGGAUUCCUUAAUACAGAAUGCUUUUGAAAAAUUGAACUCUUCUGAUGACCCAUCUUACUCUUUUUUGCCUUUACAAGAUGCUAAUGGUUUUAGUGACCCGAAUACAUUUGUGAGUUCAGAUUCAAGUAGUAGUGUGGUUCCCAUUCUUUCUACACAAAAUAUGGAUUUGAAUAGUGAAGAUUCAGAGAAUUCUGCCUCUGUGUCUUGUUCAAACCUCUUAACUUUACAUUCGGUCUCAAAUGAGUGUGAAGGCUUUGUAAGUGAUAACAACUCACUGGCACUGGAAGAGACUUUUGUCACUCAUCCUGUAAGUGUGGGAAGCAAUACUGUGGUGGGGUGUAGCAGUCUCAGUCAGAGUCACAAAGAGUGUUCAGAAUCUGAGAGUGCUGAGGCUCAGUUCUCCCAAGACCCUGGACAUUUGGAUAUCCAUGAACCUCAGGCUUUAAAUCUUCCUGUGCAGAAUCCAGGAGUUGGUUUACAAGAUGCAGGUGGUGAUCAAAGUUCUACUUCUGCCUCUGAUGUGUUUGUACCUUCUGAAGAAUUCAGUUUCAAGCCUCACAAACAUGAUCUGGCGCCAAAGGGCAAGGAUGUGAAUUACUGUCCAAUAAUCACCCCUCUCCCUCUGCUGCUGCCACCGCCUCCCCCACCACCACUUUGGAAUCCAAUGAUUCCUGCUUUUGACCUCUUUCAAGGGAACCGUGGCUUUGUAGCUCCUGUUGUAACCACAGCUGCACACUGGAGACCUGUCAACUAUACAUUUCCAUCCCCCGUAAUUUCUCACACUUCCCCAACGAAGGUUUGGAGGAAUAAAGAGGGAACAAGUGCUUAUCAAGUACAAGAAACUCCGGUUCCUCAGGUUGUAAGGAAGAAGACAUCAUCUUAUGUUGGACUAGUUCUUGUACUUCUCAGAGGACUUCCGGGAUCAGGAAAAUCUGUUUUGGCAAGGACUUUGCAAGAAGAUAAUCCGAAUGGUGUGAUUCUUAGUACUGAUGAUUAUUUUUUUAUAAAUGGACAGUACCAAUUUGAUGUAAAGUACUUAGGAGAAGCACAUGAGUGGAACCAGAAUCGUGCAAAAGAAGCUUUUGAGAAGAAAGUGUCUCCUAUAAUAAUAGAUAAUACAAACCUACAGGCAUGGGAAAUGAAGCCAUAUGUUGCUUUGUCUCAAAAAUUUAAAUAUAAAGUGCUUUUUCGGGAACCAGACACAUGGUGGAAGUUCAAACCAAAGGAACUGGCAAGGCGUAAUAUUCAUGGGGUCAGCAAAGAAAAAAUAUCAAGAAUGUUGGAGCACUAUCAGCGUUUUGUUUCAGUGCCAAUAAUAAUGAGUUCUUCAGUUCCAGAGAAAAUUGAACGUAUUGAGUUGUGUGCAUAUUCUUCUGAGGACAGAAAUGCUAGCCCAAGAGACCAAGAAGACACCACCUUUGAAAAAGAAGAAAAUGUUUUAUCGUCAUCUUUGAAGCACCUAGAGUUGAUUGAAGAGAGGAAACCCAAAGAAGCUGUAUUAUCUGAGAAUGUUACAUAUCUUCCUCACGCAGACUUAAAUAAAGAAACAAAAGAAAUGAGUGGUAUGAACCUUAGCAUUCAGAGUGCUUUGAUUCAGGAGGCCCCAGAUACGCCUUUUUCUGAUUCUGAAAACCAAGUUCAGGUAAGAGACAAAACUGAAAAAGAAGAGCAUGUGGAGAGAGCUUCUAAGAUAGAGUGUAGCAAACCGGAUUUUGUUGAGAGAGUGUCACCAACUAUUUGUUACAGUGAAAAUAAUCAAGAAAACCGUGACCUUUCAAAUAUUGUACCACUUCAAAUGGAAAAACCUUCUUCAGGUGAAAUAGCAGAAGAAAGAGUAACGGUAAAGAAAAAAGCCUUUGGAAAACAAAAAAGUAAACCAGCUGUAGAAAAGCUCCCGAGAAAUGAACUGUCAAAUUUUGUUGGUGACUGGCCAGUAGAUAAGACUAUUGGUCAGAGGGUAAAAAGAAACCGAAAAGCUGAAAAAGCUUCAUCUGUACAAAGUGACAAGAAGCAUAAUCACCCUCCAUCACACACGGUGUUAGAUAGUAGUCAGUCUGUGAAUUUGGAUCAUUACCAGCAACAAGGAUCUCUGCAAGAAGGUAUAGAAGAAGCCAAGUGUGAUGAUUCAGAAGCUUUCAGUAGUUGUAAGUUUGAUACUUACAAAAAUACCGAAAAUACCACAUUCAGUGCUGUGGGUGACUGGCCUUGCUCUGAGUCUUUAGGUCAGAGGGAGAACAGGUCAAGAAUGCCAAAGACAGGUUUAAAUGAACCUAACCUAGAAUUUAGAGCUAAUGACAGUGUGAAUGAAGUAUCUUUAUAUCCAGCACAUGAGGCCUAUUGGGGCACAAGUCCUGAAGAACUGAAAUCACUGGGUUGUUCCCCUCUUGGAAGUUCAGAAUUGCUUUCCAGUGAGAUGACCCACAGCAAUAAGACCUGUUUAAGUAAAACGAUUCACGGGCCGCAUUCACUGUCGCUUACUUUUCCUAGUAGUGUUCCAGCUACUUCCGGAGCGGUACGAGCACACAUUUCAGGUGAAUUUUCAGAAGGGACACCAAACGAGUUCCUUGGCCUAGAAGUAGGCGUGUCUUCUCAGACUGAGCCACAAGAUUUUGCUCUUCUUUGGAAAAUAGAAAAGAAUAAAAUUAGUGUUUCAGAUUCUGUAAGAGUAUUAACAGGAAGAUUAGAUGGAUUUAAACCAAAAGCUUUCAAUAUUAACACAAAAUUAGAUGUUCAAGAAACAAUUCCAUACAGGGUAAUGUAUGAUAAAAGCACGUAUGUUGAAGAGAGUGAGCUUACCAGUGCUGAUGAAUCUGAAAAUCUUAAUAUUCUUUGUAAACUAUUUGGUUCUUUUUCAUUAGAAGCCCUUAAAGACUUAUAUGAAAGAUGUAAUAAAGAUAUUAUAUGGGCCACAAGCCUUUUGUUGGAUUCUGAAACAAAAUUAUGUGAGGAUACAGAAUUUGAGAAUAAUAAAAAUUCCUAUGACGAAGAACAAAUUGGACCAUUUUCUCUGGGACUGAAUUUGAAGGAAAUUAUUAGCCAAAGAGGAUCCUUUGAGGAUUCUAAUUUUUCUGUGCCACACUAUAGUCAUGGAAUUGGUAUCGGUGACACUAAUAUGCAGUCCAUUUAUGAUUCAGAAAAAGCAAACUUAGAACAGACAGAAACAAGAAUCACAACCACUGACAAACCUGCAUUAGCAGCGAGUAUAUUUCCUGACGGCAAUGCAGAUCUAAAGAACACUAAGGAAGCCCCAGCUGAUAGUCAUGCUGAACUUUUGGGAUUAUAUAAUGCUAAGCAGUCAUUUCCAGGUAUUCUCAAAGCUACUGCUGACAAAGACAAAAGUGAAAUUGAGAAUCUAGAAGUCAGAGACAUUGGAGACAGUAGAUGUUCUUUGAAUUUGUCUAAUAACUUAAAUUCUAUAUUGAGCACAUCAAAUCUUGCACUAAAUGAAACAACUUAUUUCACCGACUCCUUUGAAAUGAGGAAAAAUGAAAAAGUUCCAAAGGAUCAUGGAAAAUUUACAAAUACAGAAGAAUUUAUGAGUGAAGUUGAACAGGAAAUGGAGAAACUUUUAAUGACAGGGAGUACUUUGUCAGCUGGUGGUGGUGGUGAAGAAGGUAAAACAGAGAUGUUGAAUGCCACGCCAGUGACUGCCAAAUCUCUGACCAUAGACUGUCUGGAAUUGGCCUUACCCCCCGAACUGGCUUUUCAACUCAGUGAAUUAUUUGGUCCUGUUGGUAUUGACUCAGGAUCUCUCACAGUUGAGGAUUGUGUGGUUCAUAUAGAUCUCAAUCUAGCUAAAGUGAUUCAUGAGAAAUGGAAAGAGUCUGUAAUGGAACGACAGCGACAGGAAGAGGUAUCCUUGGGCAAACUUACACGAGAUCCUUCCCUGGUUGAACAUUGUGGUUUUGAUAAUGCUGAACAAAAAACACCUCAGAAAACAGGCAAAAAAUUGCUAAAGACUUUAGCAACAUCUGAAAUGCUACCUAACUUAUUGGAUCAUUGGAACACUCAAACUAAAAAAGUUUCACUCAGAGAAAUAAUGUCAGAAGAAAUCGCCUUACAGGAAAAGCAUGGUUUGAAAAGGGAUCCACUUAUGUUUGAAAAAGAUUGUGCCACUAAACUAAAAGAGAAGCAGCUCUUUAAGAUAUUUCCAGCCAUUAAUCAAAAUUUUCUGGUGGACAUUUUCAAGGACCACAACUAUUCGUUAGAACACACAGUACAGUUUCUAAAUUGUGUUCUUGAAGGAGACCCUGUAAAAACAGUGGUAGCCCCAGAGUUUGUUCACCCAAAUGAGAGUGUCAUUUCUCAUACUGCACCGAAGUCAAAGGAGAAAAAGACAAAGAAAUCGAAGGAGACUGAAGAUGUGCCAGGGGAACCGUCUUUCCAGGACUUUGAGUACCCAGAGUACGAUGACUACAGGGCAGAGGCUUUCUUGCAUCAGCAGAAGAGGAUAGAAUGCUACAGCAAGGCAAAAGAAGCUUAUCGAAUGGGGAAAAAAAAUGUUGCUACGUUUUACGCUCAGCAGGGGAGUCUCCAUGAGCAGAAGAUGAGAGAAGCCAAUCACCUGGCCGCCGUGGAGAUCUUUGAGAAAGUCAAUGCCUCCCUGUUACCACAGAAUGUUUUAGACCUCCACGGAUUACAUGUGGAUGAAGCGAUUGAACACUUGACAGCAGUUUUACAGCAGAAAACUGAAGAAUUUAAGCAGAACGGUGGGAAGCCCUAUCUGUCUGUGAUUACGGGGAGAGGAAACCAUAGUCAGGGAGGAGUUGCUCGCAUCAAACCAGCUGUCAUUAAAUACCUCACAAGCCAUAGUUUCAGGUUCUCUGAAAUCAAACCAGGGUGCUUGAAAGUCAUGCUAAAGUAAAAUAAAUGUAUUUGAUUUAGAAGUGUAAAGGUUUGUAGGAUAAAAUUAGUUUUUGUAGUAAAUUCAGCUUUAUUGUAAACGUGUUGUAUUAGAAAUAAUGUCCGGUUAUAGAACAGAAAAGCAUUAUGAUGUUUUUCAGAGUUCAAGAGUUUAAUUUUUUACUGAAUCACAUGCCAAAUAUGUUGCCUGUUAUUAAAGAGAUUUUUAUUGAUUACAAAUGUUUAAGAAAAUGAUCAGCUGCCGUUUUAAAGCUUGAAUUACUCUGAUUCUCUUUCAGAGAAAAUUUUACCUUUGUAUUAAUUGUUGUUUGACAUUCAGCAAAGUUCUGAAGGUGUUUAUAAAAGGUAUUUAACUUGUCUAGAGACCUGGCUCAUGCCCUUCAGAGGCUUGUAUUGAAAACAGAAGAAAAGGUAGUAGUAAUGAAAGAAAGAUUUAAUGGUAACACUUGAAUGUUUCUUUUAUUUUGAAACCGAACACGUAAAAUCCUUUCAUUUUGCCAUAUCUUACAGAAAGAAAGGCUUGCUGUUGUACUUUCGUAUGCUUUCUAUUUGAUCUUGACCUUUUUAUUGUAUUUCUUCCUUUGGUGUGUCUGCAUAUUCUGGGAACAGAGUUGGGGUCUAAGAUUAUAUUGUAGUUUUAUCCUUCCAUAGGCUGAAAAGGCUUCAAAGAAAUAGAAUUGGUUAGAUAGCUACCAAGUGAUGCUAUCAUAUAAAGCGUGUAAUUUCUAAAUUGCAACAGGUUAGAAUUCUGUUAAAUAUAAAAACCAUUUUUGAAAUAAUUAUAAGGAGUCACCUUUGUAAAAGGAAUCUUUCACUAAUUGUAUUUUCUUGUUGAAGAAAAAAUAUUCUUAGUGUGUCAAUUAAAAUUUUUAAUGUAGGUUUAAUGCUAUAAGCUGUAAUUUCCAGUGUAAACAGUGAUCCAGUUUUGACUUUGAAAUGGAUAAUACUUUCAACAUACAUAAUUUCAGCAAACUGUUGUGUUAUUUUGAUAGGCCUAAGAAAUCACUUGAGUCAGGAUAUAUAGGGUUGAUUAUUACGGAAAGAAUUCUGAGUUAUAGAAUAAUUUUCCCAAAAGAUCAAACAUUUUAAUGAAAGAAAUUUCAAAAAGAUGUUUUAUGUAUACGAAAGCAUGCUUCAACAAAAGAGCUAUAUUAGUAAUUUGUAUUUGCACACAAAGAUGUUUAUUAUUUAAAAGUGGUUAGUUGCUGUGUUAAAUAUUCACAUUUUGUGAUUUUUUUGAAAAAAAAAAAGCCAAUAGUUUUGCAUUUGUUUUUGUGAUGUUUAUAUGAAUUACAGACAUUAAAAGUAAAGCAGUUCAUUUCUAGAAAUUAUCUAAAACUAUAAUUGAUGUAAUAAACUAAUUUUCUUGCAUAAAUUAAUAUGACUUAAGAGCUUUGAAUAAUAAUACUAAAAUCUGGAGUUACAGAGUAUAUGCCAGUGUGUACUCAUCUUCACUUUUUGUAUUCUCUUAUCCAGUUUAAAAGAACAUCAUCUGAGUACUUCAGCUAGACUUAUUUCAGUAUCAUUAUAACUAAGGUGGGAACAUUCAAAAAGAACAAGAGGUGAGGUAUUUUUAGGGAAGAAACCAAAGGAAAGAAGCUGUGUUCCAUAUUGUAUCAACUUAAAUUUAUGCCUUAGUUUGUUAGAUCUAGUGCUAUUUUUUCUUAAUUGUUAUUCAUAAAUAUAUAGGUGAAUUUUGAGCAUCACAUCCGUUUUUAUGAAGUUAUUUAAUUUGAAACUGCCUCCCCCACUGCUAUUUUGCUUAGUUUAAACAACACAAAAUUAUAAAAGAGAAUUUUAUAAUCUCUUCUGUUGUGACUACUUCUAGACCAUAUGUAUCAAAUAUUGUUUGGGAAUUACCAUUUUUUUUUCUCUUGUUCAUAUCUAAAUUCUCUGUCAAAAGUAAAGACUGUGUGAAUUAUCAAAGUUUUCAUGUGUUGGUAAUGAGAUAAUAUAUGCCUCAUUAGAAUUUCUCUUUGCAAAGGUAUUUAAUGUUUUAUAAGGACAACAUUUUUGAUGUGUGGAAAGUUUUAGUGAUGAUUACUUUCUCUCAGUAAUUUCUUACCAGUUUCUAUUGGGGGGAGAAAGAGCAUUAAUGUAACUAUAGGGCAAGUAGGGUCUGUCUGUCUGUCUGUCUGUCUCUUUCUUUUUCUCUCUCUCUCUCUUUUAAUUUUGAAUCACUGUGAGGUACAGUUACAAAGCUUUCAUGAGGGGGUUUCAGUCUACAGUGUUCCAACACCCAUCCCUCUACCAGUGUACGUUUCCCACCACCACUGUCCCCAAUUUCUCUCCCUGCCCCCAGGCCCCUCCUCUCUCCCCUUCCUCCUCGCCCCAUGGUAUCACUUCUUAACAGUAUUUUCAUCCAUUCUUUUAAUUUGUGGUAAGAAAUGAAAGGAUGUUGUCUUAACUUUACUGGUCGUUCAUAUAUCUUGACGAUUUUAAAGUUGAGUUCUCCCUCCAGUCCCCCAUUGUGUUAGUGUUUUCAUUUUAAUUUGCUCUUCGAUGGCCUUUAAAAUAAAGAAUAUAUUAUACAGUAGAAAUCCUGACUUAACAGGUGUUCGUCUAUUUUAACACGUUUUGAGAAGAAAAGUUAAAUGAUUCUGUUGGAUUGUUUCCAGUCAUUUUUCUUUUUCUUUCUAAAUUUAAGUGUGUUUUGUUUCUUUUCAGGGGGACGGGGGAUUACGUUUAGAAAAAGGACACUAUAAUAGUGAGGUUGGUUAUUUCUGCGCUGGGAAUUGGAAAACUUAGAAACUCAGGAAAUUGCUCUGACAAUGUUUUAACUGCUCUCAAUUUAAGAAAAGUGACAAUGUGUGUGUGUUGCGCAUAUAUAUAAAGCCCAUAAAAAAAGUGUGCUGUUUUUUCCAAGUGCUUUUUCUAAGUGCUUUUUCAUUGUGCAAUGAGGUGAAGUUUGAUAAUUUUUCUGUGUAGUGGUUAAAUAAUAGUUAUUUUUAUUUACGUGCUUAACAAAACAUUUAAAUUGUUUUUCACUUGAAAGUUUAUGUAGAAUGUAUGUUAAAUGGUGCUUUUUUAAAGUGUAAUUCAUGUUUACAGUAUUAAUUCCUCUUUGCAGAAUUUAAUAGUAUAACAAGGCUAGAAAUACAUCUCCAUUCUAAAGUCUUUUGUAACUUCAUAUUAGAUGUUGACAGUUUUUGUUAUUUUCCUUGAAGUUGAGCAUUUGACUUUUAUAGUCCAAAUGAUGAACCUGUUAUUAACAAAUGAUUGAAUUACUGUGAUAUUUCUCAUUCAAGUAAAACAUUUCAUCUGUUGUUGGUGAAUAUAUUAUAACAUUUUCAGACAGUAUAUAGAAACAAAAUGCUUUUAUUUGUACUAUAAAGAAAUGUAAUUUUGCUGUUAACGCUGUACUUUUUUAUUGAAAAUGUUUUAUAACUUUGCUUUUAAAAUUUCUUAUGAAGCCAUUUGCAAAUUGCAUAAUUAAAUAAAAUACUUUAGCCACA